AUGUCCUAUGGCGGCUUCUCGAAGACUCGCUACGGCGACUCCCUGGAGGGGUGGUCCGCCGUGGACAAGGUGGCGAAGUUCAGCCAGGCAGUGGGUCGCGUCAGCGGCGGCCGUGGCACUGCUAUCUUGAUUGCACUGAUAGACAGUAAGGCGCAGCUGAUCGACACGUCCUCGAACAGGCGGUGGGGUAACUCCGGCAAGAACGGCAGCAACAUGAGCCACGGUCGAACCCACUGGCACCGCAACGACGACUGUUGCUCAACGCAGCACACAGAGCAGCCGAGCAACAGCGGAUGGUGCGCCGGUCGUCCCGGCGCCUCGCGCAGUAGCACUCCACCGCAGAGCCCACCGGCGCUAGGUGUGUUGCUCACCACGUCGUAUGUGCUCCGCAGUCCACAGGACAUGGCCGACACCUCCGUGUGCUUUCUUGACCAGCCCAUCGUAGGCAUGGCCGGUUUGCUGGGCCGAGAACCGAAAACGGUGCACGUCGGCCUCUGCAGCGCGUUCGGUUUUGUGUCGUCUGUGGCUUCCCCGAAGAAGGAGUGCGAGUACACCUGCCGGACUAGCGCCGCUGCUACUGCUUGCCGCUCGCAGCUGGACGAUGUGCCAGACUACCUCCUCUACGCCGCUGCGGCCGACGACUCGGAGGAGGAUGAGACCGAGGAGAUCGGGUUCACGCUGACGUACUGCGAAGUCUUUCCCACGGACGACGACGCGAUAUACCCGAAGGGGCCGUCUCCACCGCUGAACCCGUCACAGUCAGGCGACAGUCACGCGUGCAGUGCGGAGAGUGCCACGCCAAGCCUCUCUCGGAGUGGGCCUCGCUACGAAGGAGGUGCAGGACUGGGUAAGGAGGCGGAUGGGACGCCAGCAUCCCUCUCCGAGUUAGCACUGCCUCGAGAACGGUGUGCGAAGGGCGUCACUUCCGACGCCGCUCGCGGCUCCGGUGGUCCUCAGGCGAGGCAGUCCGCUUCUGGUGCCGCAAAGAGGAGAUUCCGCGGCACUCAAGAGAGUCUCUGUCAGAUUCAGCCGCUCCCCGUUCCCCUCUUGCUCUCGGCAAUCCCCGCGAUCAAGGUAGGAGACGUUCACUUGAUGAUCACCCACGUGAAUGACGGGCGACGGUCCUACCGCGUGCAGCACGUCGCCGCCGUCUUCGCGGACUACUGCCUGUAUGAGCCGACUAGCGUUGGAGAGGUGACGUGCAGCGGUGGCCCCGUCUUCAAUAUGCAAGGCGACUUCAUCGGGGUGCAACACGAGCGCAACGGCCAGAGCCUUUGCUUGCUCAUGAAGUCCAUCGUGCGACAUUUGUUUGACGCGGGCCUGCUCGGCAUGUGCCAUGUUCCCAUAUCAGAGGAGACGGUCAAGCAGCGAGAGGUACACGCCCGACCUGGCGACGCUGUCUUCUCUGCGAUGACCACACGUCUACCGGCGUUUCCCGGGUCGAAUAGGAUGCCGCCGCUAAAGAAGAACGAUUGCCCCGCCUCCCUGCGCCGCACCGGCGCAGCGGCGGCUAGUGACGGCGCUGAGCGAGGAGGCCACAGCGCAUCGAGCAGCCGACUGCCGGCUGUGUCGCUCGGCUCGAAAAGUUCUGCGUCUCCCCGCGCCGAGAGGCGCCUCACCGUUGACGCCACUGGAGCUACUAGAGCACCUUCCCUUGCCACCAUGUCCAGCUUUGGCAGCCCGCGCACGCUUCACAACCGGCCCGAGAACAGCGCCGCCGACUCUUUGUGCGCGAGCAUCCGCCCUGCCAAGGACGGCGCCGGGGUAGCAGACGCCGUCGCUGCGGCAGCGCUCCCCCUCACCCCGCCUUCCAAGCCUAUUUCGCAAUGCGUGCCAAGCUUCGAAGAGGUCUUCGCGGAGUUCUUCGACGGCGCUGACAGCCUGCCACACAUACUUUACGCCUUCCCUCACUGCCCUCCGCUGGUGAAGAUCGCCAUGGAGAGCCUCGCGCAACUCAAGCGCGAGGACGAGCUGGAGCGCAUCGUCGCCGUCGGCGGCGUCGGCGCAAUCCUCGAGGCCAUCGACGGAUACCCGCAGGAGGAGCAGAUUGUCGUGAGUGCCCUGGCGGCGUUGUGCCGCAUUUGCCUGUGCGAGCGCAACUUAGCCAUCUUUCUGCACCUCGACGGCGUCGUGACAGUGAUGGAGAUUAUGAAGGAGUAUGUGCGUCAGGAAGCCGUGCUGCAGUGGGGCAUUCGCACACUGCUGUGGGCCACCGACGCGUCCUGCCCGUCCGCAGCGGCAUCGGUGGAAGUCAUGGUGCGCAGCAGUGCCCCCGAGCUGUUGGUGAACGUCUUGCGCGUUCACGGCGCCGUGCCGCGCAAGACAGCCGCGCGGCAAUCGCAGUCCAACCGCCUCAUCCGCUGGGACUGCGACCUCAUGGCGAACCUCCUCAUGACCAAUCCGCGUCUCACCACGCUGUUCCUGCGAGAGGACUUCCUCACGCUGCUGCUGCAACUCAGCCGCGACUACGCCGGCAACGCGUUUCUUAUGGAGGGGUUCGCGCAUGUUUUUUGCGCCUUCGUGCAGUGCUUCACCGAGGAGGAUGAGCCGCCCCCGCCGCACAUCUUGCAGGUGACAUCCGCGUCCGGCUUCAAGCGGCACCCAGCCAUGCCGUCUCCCGACAACUCUCCAGCGUCGCGAUUCCGCGAGCUAGGCGUACAUAGGGGGGCCAACAACUCAAACAGUGCGGCCCCCGCAUCGCCGGCGCCCGCUACGUCGUCGCCCUACUCACCAAACACCAUCGCAGCGAGCCCCCACAAGGUCAGCUUCUUCUUCCUGUGCGACACCAUGAGCCAUGACACGGAUGGGUGCCUUGCGCGCGCCGUCCUUGACGUCUGCGAGGCCGCGCUUGACCCGAAGAACAGCAUCACGGCGCACCGCGGACGGCCGGAGGUGGUGCUGAUGCGCUGCCUUGAGACACUCCGCCUGCUGCUCAGGUGGGGGCUAGUACAGCUUCUGCGUGACGAGGCAAUAUUGUCGGCUGUCGAGGGCGUCCCUGUUCUCGGCUUCGCCUCUACACUGGCGAUGCCGCCGACGUACUCCUCAGCACCAUCGUCACCGCGGUCGUUGCCCUCAUUCUCGGAGGAUACGGCGCGCUUGCUGCUUAUCUGCGAGCGCGUGCGACGCGAGUCCACCGCCUCCAGUGAGCUUGUGGCGAAUGCGGAGGCUGUGCAGCGACGUCUUCUGCAAGGCAGCCGGAUGCCGGGGAUUGUCUGUGCGCGUGUCUAG